CCAGCCGAUGCUCUCUUUGCCCACCAGUAAGCAGCGACCGGUGCCAUGGAUGAGGUGACGGAGCUGGAGGUAGGGGGGAACUCUCUCCUGAAGGCAGUGUGGCUCGGCCGGCUCCGGCUGACCCGGCUGCUGCUGGAAGGGGGGGCUUACAUCAACGAGAGCAACGAGAAAGGGGAGACUGCCCUGAUGGUGGCCUGCAUCACCAAGCACGUCGACCAGCAGAGCAUUAACAAGGCCAAGAUGGUGAAGUACCUGCUGGACAACAGAGCUGACCCCAACAUCCAGGACAAGUCUGGGAAAACAGCCCUCAUGCACGCCUGCAUCCGUGGCGCCGGGGGGGAUGUGGUGUCCCUGCUGCUGGAGAACGGGGCAGACCCCAGCCUGGAGGAUCACUCAGGAGCCUCAGCUCUGGUCCACGCCAUCAACGCCGAUGACAAGGAUGUGCUCCAGCACCUCCUGAACGCUUGCAAAGCCAAAGGGAAGGAGGUGAUCAUCAUUACCAUGGACAAAUCGGCCUCUGGCACCAAGACCGCCAAGCAGUACCUGAACAUUCCCCCCACGCUGGAGUUCAAGGAGAGGGCCCUCCCCGAGGCGUGCACAGCACCCUCCAGCACCCACCUGAAAACUCCUGUCUCAGCACCUUCCUCCGCUGAGAAGGAGAGCUGCAUCUUCAGCCCGCACCCGUCGCACCCUGGGGACACCCCUUCUGCCAGGGCUGCCGACGAGCCCCCCUCCCCGGGCCAGAGAGCCGGCGUGUCCAGGAGAGCCCGCCUGCCCCAGCUAAAGCGGCUGCGGUCAGAGCCAUGGGGUCUGGUCGCACCCUCGGUGCUGGCAGCCUCCGCACACCACGACGACACGCGGGUCUGCGCAGACGAUGAGGUGAUCAUGGGCAUCAGCGACCUCUCGCUCUCCAGAAAGGCUCCCCUCACCCGGAGCGGCAGCAGCAAGAGCAAGGACCCCUCUCUCUUCCCCCCUGUAGAGGAGCAAGCUCUGAGGACGCCGCCAGCCCCAGGGCCGCUGGCGAGGAAAACAGCGUAUGAGAAGAGCCAGGCCACCCACCAGCGCCUGCCCCGAAGGAGCACGGUCCCCGAAGAGCCGGAGAGCGUCGGCUCGGCUGCCGCCGGCUCGGCCACGGCAAUGGAUGCGCUGCACUGGCGGAGGCUGGGUGCUGAGCACUACGACUGCGAUGCUCAGCUCUCCGGCGUCCCCAGCCUGGCCGAGAAGCUGCCAUCGGAGAGGAGGAAGCUCAGUGGGUCCCACCUGGCCUUGCUGGUCGGCUCGCGGGAGUCCCUGGACAGCAUCGCCAGCACAUCGCCCGGGACCGUCCGGCGCCGACCCCCCGGUUUGCUGGAGAGGCGAGGGUCGGGGACCCUGCUGCUGGACCACAUCUCCCACACGAGGCCGGGAUAUCUGCCCCCGUUGAACAUGAACCCCAACCCCCUGAUCCCCGACAUCGGCUCCAACAGCAAAACCUGCUCCCCGCUUGCUGCUGGCUUGAAGUCCCUGGUGCCCAUCGCUCCCAGCUCACCCAGGCGGGCCGACUUGAGAGGCAAAAGGAAGCUUCUCCGGAGACACUCCAUGCAAGCGGAGCAGAUGCGGCAGCUCUCCGAUUUCGAGGAAAUAGUGGCCCAGUAGCCGUGUCACCAUUUCUUUCCCAGAAAGGUUACCAAAUCAGUGCUCUCCCUGCAGAAACAUGACGGCUCCCGCACCAAGCCGACAGCCAGCUCCAGGGAAGCGCUGGCAGCCUUGGGGUCAGACCUGUGCCCAGGGGCUCAGUCAGGAGGUUCCUGCUCCCACUUGCAGAGCUGUAAGGAGAGCCCGGGCAUCCAGCCCAAGCAGCUGAACCCUUCAUUCACUUCUGGACUUUUCCCCGGGAGCAACUACCCGAGGGAUCUGAUCCCAGACCACUUGAGAUGGUCAGGCUCCGCACAAAGGCUCCUGCCUGCAGGGCAUUCAUUCCUUGUUAUUUACAAUCAUUUUUCUUCCAUCCCGCUCAUUCUGACACAGAAACCUGUCUGGAGCCCCACACCAGGGAACCAUGGGACUGGUGUGUUUGUGAAGUGCCUAGCAGGAAUGAAAGGAGCUUAAUGCUGUUGGAAGAGCAGAAAUACCCCUCCCUAGCAAUUGAAUGUAUUGGUACCCUCUCUGUGCUGGAGAGGGAGACAAUUCUCCACCUCAGAGAUUUCCAAGCACUUUGAAACUCCAGAGGCUGAGCUAACCCUGUUACUGCUGCAACCCGGUGCCUUCAGUGGGCCUGGAUGGGGAGUGGGUUUGUCUCUGUCUCUGAAGCAACCAAGCUUCAGGAACAUUUCCCACCACACUGAGCAACUCCAAGCACUGAAUUCCUGGGCAGGGAGCGCUCCCAGCUUGUCUGCGUGGGAAGCUUCUGCCAGCGAUGGGGGAGCAAGGAUGCCAGGUUGCCAAGGACGGCACACAGUGAGCGUCAGGGGUUCGUCCCAGCAGGGGAGAGCUGCAGGCACAGCACCGCAGGCAGGACCCUCUCUCCCACUGACCCUGCAGCAACAGUCCUUCGGGGCCGAAGCAGAGGUGAGCGAGGGCAGGUGGCUGCCCGCGGGCCGGAGGAGGAGGCGGCUGCAGGGUGGCUCUGCACCCACGGUGUUGAUGCCUGCACAGCACCGUCCUGAUGCCGUGUGACUCCGAGCCAGAAGAUGCCUCUGCAUGGCUGGGGGCGGGGGUGUGACUGCGACUCCUUCCCGGUGCACAGGGCCCCGGGCGCCCAGCCCUGCAGACAGGACCAUGCAUCUCCCCGCCGCGGGACCGGGCCUGCACCAGCAGCACGUGGCAGCUUUGCAGCGUCGGGGCAGCAAGACCAUGCACCGCCAGCCCCCUCCCACCCCUACCCGCAUGGCCCCAGCCGCAGCCAGGCCCCUCACCCUGCGUGCCGUCGGCGCCACGGGCUGGAUGUGUGCCGUAGCUGCCGUCAGUCUCAGCCAAACCCACCCCACGGAGCCGGCUGCGAAGAGGAAACAGCCCACGGCCCCGCACCGCUGAGUCGGCGAGAGUUUCGGACCCGCAGCCUACCCCGAACGAACACUGUGCCGCUCGUAUGAGGCCAAGCGAGAACAACUCCCGUGGGAUUAUUCAGUGAAGCCUCCGGCGUCCGGACACCCGCGGCACAGGCAGCGUCGCUUUGACAAGCAAGCGCAGCAGGCUCACCCCGCCGGGGCUGGUGUCGGAUUCUGGCCUUCCCUCAACCAGCCCAGCACAUGCUUCCGUCCGUCCGUCCGUCCCUCCCAAACGGCUGGCGACGAGCUGCUUCCUUGCCCCGGGCAUUAGCCGUCCUUCUCCAGGCUGUUGCAAAUCUUUGCAUGGUUCCUGCACAAAGCAGCAUCACGGUUUGGUUUUAAGUGCACAGGAAUGUUCUCUGAAAAUGCAUUUUAGUUUUAAAUAUGCUGUUUAGAGAAAGGUGGGGUUAUAUUUUUACAGCCUUAAAGUUUAUACUUUCUGUAGGUCAAGUGUCUUAUAGAUUGAAUUUCAGGCACCGUUUCCCUAUAACAGUGACAUUUGUCUUAUAGAGUGUGGAAUUUUAAAUCCUGUAGUUCACCUUUUCCAUUUGUUUCUAACAUACUCUGAUAGCUUGCAUUUGUCUU